UUUCCCUUUCGGUGUUUUACUGAUUCAUCUUGUGCAUAGAUUACAGAAGCUGGUUCCUCUGAAUAAUGAACGAAGAGGGCUGCGUCCCGCACAUCACUGAUCUUGUCAAACAAAAGUCUAUAGAUCAAAGAGCCCCUCUUUCCUGGGAGCCUAAAUGCGUUAUCUGCAGUCGUUAUGGUGAGUACAUUUGUGACGAGACCAAUGAUGAUGUCUGCAGCCUCGAGUGUAAGCAAACACUCCUGAGAAGGGUUGACAACGCUAGAGUGUUUCCUGCUACAGACGAGUGCUUCUAUGUUAGGGACACAGGAUCUUCUUUCCCUGAUGCUGAACUGCUUAGAAGGAAGCUUGAGAUUCAUGUCCAAGGACAAGGGGCAGCAGUCCCUCCACCUGUCUUGACUUUCACUUCAUGUGGGCUUCCUCCUAAGCUUCUUCUCAACUUAGAAACCGCUGGCUAUGACUUUCCCACUCCUAUCCAGAUGCAAGCAAUUCCAGCAGCUUUAAGCGGGAAAAGUUUGCUCGCCUCGGCCGACACCGGCUCCGGGAAAACAGCUUCUUUUCUUGUCCCUAUUAUUUCUCGUUGUACAACAUACCGCUCUGAGUAUCCCUCAGACCAGAGGAGUCCCAUGGCUAUGGUUUUGGCUCCAACUAGAGAGCUCUGUGUCCAAGUUGAAGAUCAGGCAAAAAUGCUCGGAAAGGGACUUCCAUUUAAGACUGCACUCGUUGUAGGUGGUGAUCCCAUGUCUGGACAACUCUACCGCAUUCAACAAGGGGUUGAGUUGAUUAUUGGUACCCCAGGCCGAGUUGUGGACCUUCUAGCAAAACAUGCCAUUGAACUUGAUAACAUCAUGACGUUUGUGUUGGAUGAGGUUGACUGCAUGCUUCAGCGAGGCUUCAGAGAUCAGGUGAUGCAGAUAUUUCAGGCCUUGUCAGAACCGCAGGUCUUGCUGUUCUCUGCAACAGUCUCAAAUGAGGUGAAGAGGGUAGGAGGGUCUCUAGCGAAGGAAAUCAUUUUGGUAUCCAUUGGUAAAGCCAACAAACCCAACAAGGCUGUCAACCAAUUGGCUAUAUGGGUUGAUGCGAAGCAAAAGAAACAGAAGCUCUUUGAGAUACUGAGAAGUCAAAAGCAUUUCAAGCCCCCAGCUGUUGUUUAUGUGAGUUCGAGAGUUGGAGCAGAUCUCUUGGCUAAUGCUAUAACUGUCGUCACGGGGAUAAAAGCUCUAUCGAUCCAUGGGGAGAAGCCAAUGAAGGAGAGGAGAGAUGUAAUGGGAUCGUUUUUGAGUGGAGAGGUGUCCGUUCUUGUAUCAACGGGAGUUCUAGGCCGAGGGGUUGACCUCUUGGUGGUAAGGCAGGUGAUAGUGUUUGACAUGCCUAAUACCAUCAGGGAGUACAUACAUGUAAUUGGCAGGGCCUCUAGGAUGGGAGAGAAGGGCACUGCCAUUUUGUUUGUGAAUGAGGACGACAGGAACCUAUUCCCUGAUUUGAUUGCGGCUUUAAAAAGUAGUGGAGCAGCCAUACCUAAGGAACUUAUCAACUUGACAUCCAGGGAAAUGCAGAACAAGAAGAGGAGGGUUGGGCACUGAAAUGUAUGCUUCGGAUACGAAUGUUGUAGUAUUUUAAGAAUAGAAAGGAAGACUUGAGUGUGUAUUAACGAAUAUAAUGUACAAGGACAGAGGUUUACUUUGGAAAGAAAUCAUAAUGACUUGUGAUAAGAUAA